GAUGUCAAACCAGUUAUGUCAUUUUAUAAAAUUCACAGUAACCUUGCAAGAACAUUUCUAUUUUUCUUCACAGGUGGUUUGUUUUGGAUGCUGAAACAAGAGAUUUGGUUUCAAUCCAUACAGAUGGCAACGAACAGCUCUCUGUGAUGCGCUACACAGUAGAUGGCACCUUUCUUGCAGUGGGUUCCCAUGACAACUUCAUUUACCUCUAUAUAGUAACAGAAAAUGGAAGAAAGUACAGCAGAUAUGGAAAAUGCACUGGACAUUCCAGCUAUAUUACACACCUUGAUUGGUCCCCAGAAAACAAAUACAUAAUGUCCAACUCAGGAGAUUAUGAAAUAUUAUACUGGGACAUUCCAAAUGGCUGUAAACUGAUAAGGAACCGCUCUGAUUGUAAGGACAUAGAUUGGACAACAUACACUUGUGUGCUGGGAUUUCAAGUAUUUGGAGUAUGGCCAGAAGGAUCAGAUGGAACAGAUAUAAAUGCCCUUGUGAGGUCCCAUAAGAGGAAAGUGAUAGCUGUGGCUGAUGACUUUUGUAAAGUCCAUCUAUUUCAGUAUCCCUGCUCCAAAGCAAAGGCUCCAAGUCAUAAAUAUAGUGCCCAUAGUAGUCAUGUAACAAAUGUCAGUUUCACUCAUAAUGAUAGUCAUUUGAUUUCAACUGGAGGCAAAGAUAUGAGUAUCAUUCAGUGGAGACUUGUUGAGAAAGCAACUUUGCCACAGAAUGAUACUGCUGUAGACAUGGGCACAAACAAAGUGCCUGUAACUGCCAGUGACAGCUUUACACAGCCAAGUAUCCCUGUGUCCCUUAAUCAACCAUUGGAUGAAAUGGCAGCCAGUGAAAAUUUAAUGGAUGGCUUUUCACCAUCCUUCGAGAGUGACGUGGAGCAUACUGUGAAGACCAAUGAAGAGCAGAAUGAGGAGCAAAGUGAGGGAAGUAGUCUGGAUCCAGGGGAGCCAAAUUGUGAAGAACCACCUAGUGAAAUGAGUGAGGAACAGAGUGAAUCCACUGUUAUUGAAGAUCAGCAGGAAAACUCUCCAAUGUCUUAUCAACUUGAAACUCAAGAUGAUCUUUAGAUAUUUUCUCUCAGUGCACAUUAUUUUGUAAAAAAAAAAAAGGAUUCAAGUAAGGAAGGGAAGCAGCUCUGACAUGGAACACUCAAGUUUCAGUGGAAGGCUUGUUAGUUUGAUCUACUUCUGUUUUCAACUCAUGGAAUUAUUGUAAGGACUCAUUUUGACAGUUCCAGUCAAGUGCUAAAUAGAAAACUAGAAUGUUACCUUAGGUUAUAUAUAAUUCUGAAAUUGCUAAGAGAAAGAGGAAGAGUUUUCUGAGAGAAGCAGGUAGAAAAUCUGGGAAAGAACUUUUAAGACCGUUCAGAAGCAUUGGGUAAUACCUGCUAUGUAAUGUAACCUGGUGAAAGCCCUUCAGGAAGCUCGUCUUUCUUUUUUUACAUUAAAAAGAGAAGGAAGGAGAAUAAGACAACAUAAUGGCACAUACAGUGCUGUGCUUAUUGCCAUCUUGAGUAAUACCUAUGCAAUUUUCUAAAAUUAGCAAUUCUUACUAGCCGCUACUUUAGAUGCUGGUUGUUCUAAGACAGCUUAUAUUAAAGUAUACUUUUGUUUGUUCCGUGUUAGUAGAUCUUAAAAGAACCAAAUUAAGAUAGCAAGUGCUGCUUAGUUUUCCAGCCGAUGACAAUGUAAUUUCAAGGAACUACUUCCAUUGACAUAUUAAAAUUCAAGAAUACCAACUGUGACUCUAUUGCAAACUGACUUAACUUCAUUAAGAUAAAAGUUCUAAUUCUCAAGUUCAUACCUGACCUUCAGAUACAAUUAGUACUUUCAAUAAGAGACUAAAUAUUAGAGAAAUAGCAUUAAGUUAUAAAACCUAAUGCUUGGGAGUAAUUAUUGACUCAGUUUUUUAAAAAAUUAGGGAUAACCUUAACAUAAGAAAUUUUCACAUAGACUUUUCUACAGCCAUCUUUUUAACAGCUAUAAUAUAAAUGUCCCAUUUUCUUGGAUAAUGUUGGCUAUUUUUGAUUUUUUUUCUCUCUAUUUGUGGUGUUUCUUUUUUCUCUUGUCCAGUUUUGUAAGCCGUGCAGCUCAGAGAUAGCUGGACCUGGCCAGUUAUGGGAUAUCAUGGCAUUUUAUUAUGUGUUAAAAAUAUCUUUUUUAAAAAAAAUUAAAAAUGCAUCAGCUACAUUUUUUCUUAAAUACCUAGGUUUUCCUGUUUAAAUGUUUGUUGAAAAACAUCCUACUUUAUAUUUUACUUACAUAGGAUUUUUUUAAAAUUGUUCUGAUAUUUUAGACCUUAUUUAGAAAUUGUGUUUAGAAACCUUCGUUAAGUCUUAAGUGUGCAAGCGUUUACGUGAAUGUGCCAUUCCAAAGUGCAUCAGAACUGUCAUUCCCUUCUAUUAACUUCUCAGGAGUAAAUACUACAGAUCAGGUAUGUAAUCUACAAUAUUCAUCAGUGGAAACAUUAACAAUUGACUUGGACUCCCAAAGGACAUAAAGACUGUCACAUAUAGAAAGAUACAGGUGCACAUAAACAUCUUUGUUUACAUCCAUUCCGGAAAACCUCAAUAUAAUUAUCUUCAGAAACCACGAUGUGAAUUCCAAGCAACUGAUCUCUUUUGCUUUCUCUAAAAAGCUGUACUGUUAAAUGAUAUAUUCGAAUGCUCCAGUGUAUGAUUGGCCACUUUGCCAAAGAGUCCCUGUGGGCAACACACAUACAAAUACUGUAUCAAGAUAAUGGAUUCCUUUGGAAAGGAGGCAUCUGCGAGGGAGGAGGAGGCCCAUUUUCAGUGAUUUACCACUUUCCGGUCUGCUUCAGAGUUCUAACCACCCAUAAUAGAUAGAGGAAAAGAUGGAAAAAGGGGAUUCAUUGAACAUACUCCCCCAUUUUUUUGUUCCACUCUGUUCCACAGGGAGAGAUUAACUGAAUAACACAGCUUUUAAAAAUGUAGUAAGAUAAAAUAGUUCUAGUAAUUAUAGUUAACAUGAAAUGGUUGUAGAGCUCUUUAACAUCCUCAGUGAGUAACAUGAAAACAGAGCAUUUUGUUUAGAUUUAUCUAUUAUCUUGAGGUUGCCGUAUAAAGUGAGAAUUAAUAGUUGUGAUUUUCCACAUGUUAUAGAUCAACAGAUUAUUUUUAAAUGCCAAAAAAAGGGAAGAAAAAGCCUUACAAUUUUUGAUUGCUGGCAACUACUGUUCAAUAAAUAAUUAAAUCUGUGAUAAUAGAAAUGGGUGGGAUUAUGUUAACUGUAAAUGUUUUAGGGUAAAAUUGUGAAUGAAAUAUGAUUUGAGUGUGUCAUGUGAAGAUGUUUGAGCCAUUCUGUCUAUCAUGCAUUCCUGUCUCAAGGCAGAAAAAUCUGAAGAUUUAAAAUAAUAAAAAUACAAGAAUCAAUGUAA